AUAACACACCUGACAGACCCCCCAUGGGAGGCUCUCAACUACCUUACAGUGUUUCAAAUAGCACAUCUGAAAGACCCCAGAUGGGAAGCUCUCAACUACCUUACAGUUACUCAGCAGGUCCAGGUCAGGUUCUCCGUAACCCCUACGCUAAGUCCAGGAACCCGUAUGAGGAACGCAGCGCACCUCCUGAACCGUACUACCAACCACAAUCCUCACCUCGACCCUAUGAGGACCAGAGAGCUGCUCCAUCAUCUAGACCCACAUAUUCUGCAUUUCCUCGAGCUCAGAUCAGUCGUGGGUACUAGAACAGAUCUCAAAUCUUCAUGCUGCAUUUUAUGGAUUUGAAUUUGUAAUCUGCAUCCGCUUGCUAAAAUUAUAAAUAAAUAAAUAUAAAUGAGGCUUAACAGUGUUAGUACUAUAAAUAUAAUCAGUACAGCAGCUUCCACCACGAUUCUGGAUCUCUGAGACUGUAGAGAACCACACAGGGGGGGCUGCAGACAGUCAGCUCCGCUUUGUUUAUUAUCGUUUGUUUGCUUUUGCACUCUGGAUGAACGACUGACACCAGCCAGCAGGUACAGAGGAGCCCGAGACUUGUGUCGAUUUAUUAUGUUUAUGUUU